UCGUAUUAAAAUAGAACUGACCAGUGUUGUUAACAUUAACCUGAAUAUAGCACCGUGCAUGUAAUUUACAUGUAUUAAAAAACAAAUAGUUAAUUGAAGGACGUAACGGUGGUGCACCAUGGGAAGAACAUGCAUACAUAAAUAUACAGAAUACAGAGACAUUUUUAGCAGUGGAUGAGUGCAUGAAAACUUACGGGUAAAGAGCAAGGAGAUCACACCCUGAAUUUGGGAUGGCAGGGUUCCUGGAUAACUUUCGCUGGUCCGAGUGUGAAUGCAUCGACUGGGGAGAGAGGAGGAAUGCUGGUGCUUCCAUAGUGGCGGGAGUCUUGUUCUUCACUGGCUGGUGGAUAAUGAUUGAUGCUGCUGUGGUUUAUCCAAGCCAGGAGCAGCUGAAUCACGCCUUCCACACCUGUGGUGUCUUUUCCACAAUCGCCUUCUUCAUGAUAAAUGCCGUGUCUAACGGCCAGGUGAGAGGGGACAGUUACGGGGAAGGCUGCUUUGGAAGGACAGGUGCAAGAAUCUGGCUGUUUCUUGGCUUUAUGAUAAUGUUCGGAUCCCUCAUUGCAUCUAUGUGGAUUCUGUUCGGAGCCUAUGUUGUUCCAAAGAAGGAUGUGUACCCUGGGCUUGCUGUGUUUUUCCAAAAUGCGUUAAUAUUUUUUAGUACACUGAUCUACAAGUUUGGAAGAACAGAAGAUCUGUGGGGAUAGCCCCUUCCUAUCUGUCAGCACCAAGAUACCCUUUCUUCAGUGUUCUCACCAAGAUUCUAAAAAACUCUAGAGGGUAACCCGGUUCAAUAUAAUGACUUGCAGGAAUACUUCCAGCAAAAUGCUAUCACGCCCUGCAAUUCCUUGCAAAAAGCGAAAUGGAACUAAUUGAAAGCAAGCCCGUGAGCACGUUUUUCACAAUCCUUAGAGGGCAGUUCAAUGAACAAAAUAAUAACAGCAGUUAGCAUUGCUGCAAGACCUGUUUUAUUUACCCUUUUGUCCACUGAACCACUCCACCGUGGCAUGAUACCAUCAGUUGCAGGGGAGUGUGUCUAAUAUUAAGCUUGUUAUUCUGUCGCAUAUACCUGAGUCAGUGAGGAUAUUACUGGAGAUUAUUGAUGGUGCCGUUUAAAAGCAGCAGAGGCACUCUUUCUUAUUUAGUGGACGGAGGGGUA